AUGUUUGCGUAUUCUGGUUUAUUCUCGUGUAUUGUCAGUGAGAAUACACCAAGCCCGGCAGAUUUCGAAGAUAUUUAUAUAUUUGCGUAUUCUGGUGUAUUCUCGUGUAUUCUCAGUGAGAAUAAACCCAGCCCAGCACAUUUUGAAGAUAUUUAUGUAUUUGCGUAUUCUGGUGUAUUCUCGUGUAUUGUCACAGGCCCAGCACAUUUUGAAGAUAUUUAUAUAUGUGCGCAUUCUGGUGUACUCAUUUGUAUUGUCAGCGAGAAUAGACCAAGCCCGGCACAUUCUGAAGGUAUUUAUAUAUUUGCAUAUUCUCGUAUAAUCUCGCCUAUUCUCAAUAUUUAUAUAUUUGCGUAUUCUGGUGUAUUCUCGUGUAUGGUCAGUGAGAAUACACCCAGCCCAGCACAUUUUGACGAUAUUUGCAUAUUUGCGUAUUCUGGUGUAUUCUCGUGUAUUGUCAGUGAGAAUACACCAAGCCCGGCACAUUUCGAAGGUAUUUAUACAUUUGCGUAUUCAGGUGUGUUCUCAUGUAUUGUCAGUGAGAAUACACCAAGCCCAGCACAUUUUGAAGAUAUUUAUAUAUUUGCGUAUUCAGUUUGUCCAUGGGAUCCAGAAGUUCCGAAACUUGCUCCACCUGUUGACGAAGAGUUUGAAGCGGGCUGA